AUGCUAAUAUGUAGAUGUAUAAAAUAAUAUCCAUUUUUUCAUUAAUAGCAUUCUUAUGAUAAAACACUAAAUGUUACUGAUGAGCAAUUUUUACCUUAAUAAAUUCCUAAAGUGAUAAUAAAUUCUUCAACUCUACAUUAAAUACCUUAAGAAAAACCCUUAGUAUCAAAUUUAGCAAAUUAAAUUGUUAAUGAAGUUACUCCUCUUAUUAAUUAAAUUUUACUCCUUAAUACUAGAUAGUAAGAAUAAUAUGAAUUAACUCAAAUUAAGAACAAAAUUUUGGUUGAAAGAAAUUAAGAAAAUGAGUAGAGUAAUUAUGAUAAACUGCUUUAAGAUUCUAAUUAUUUAUUAUAACUAAAAGAACAAUAAAUUACAUAAUUAUAUCAUAAUCAAAAAGAAAUCAUAAAAGAUCAUUAAGAAACACUUAAAGAACUCAAAAAAUAAAAAGAUUUAUUCAUGUUGAGACUCAAUUAAAUGAAGUUAUUAAAUAAAAAUAAGAUAAUAUCAUUGAAACCUAACAAUAACCGAUAUUCACUUUUUAAAAUUCUUUAACGUUAUCUGAAAGUCUCAAAGAGCUAAUUGUUAAGGUAUUAUAAAAUGGAAAGUUAUAUUGUAAUAAGAGUCUUUUUUAUUCAGGUUUAUGUGAUUAAGUCAUUCAAGGUAUUGUAAAAUUUGGUUAUCUCAUACAUGGAAUUACUAAUUAGACUAUGGUUGGAAUAGGAACAAGAGAAAUAAUUUCUAAAUCUGGAUAUUCUAAUAUAUCAGAUUCAGGUAAAGGGUAAACUAUAUUUAUAACCUUAGAGCCUCUCUUAUUAUUAUGA